UAUAUCUGGGUUUGUGCGCGCCAUGUAAUUACACUUUCAUGAAAAACCAAGCUCUAAUAAGAAAAUAAAAGAAAAAAAAGACGAACUUUUUUUAUUUCCUUAAUUUCUAUUUCUCUAUUAAUUUGAUUCCUCAUCUUUGAAAUUUUCACAGAGCCAUGGCUAGUUUCGACAACAAAACCAUGGUUCUGUGCCUUUGGUUGGCAAUCAACUUUUUGUCAACAGUUUCUUCAGAGCUUCCUCGAUUUGAGCAUCCAAUUAGAGGCGAUCAGAGGCUCAAAUUCUUCGUUAUUGGAGAUUGGGGAAGAAACGGAGCCUUUAAUCAAUCUGAAGUUGCUUUUCAGAUGGGAAGAAUUGGAGAGGAACUAGAUAUAGAUUUUGUGGUGUCAACUGGUGAUAAUUUUUAUGAUAAUGGAUUGAAGGGGGAGCAUGAUCCAGCAUUUAUAGAUUCAUUUACUAAUAUUUAUACAGCAAAGAGCCUGCAAAAACAGUGGUAUACUGUUUUAGGGAACCAUGAUUAUAGAGGUGAUGCAUUGGCACAAUUGAGCCCAGCACUUAGGAAAAUAGACAAUAGAUGGCUUUGCUUAAGGUCUUUUGUACUCAAUGCAGAAAUUGCUGAAUUGUUCUUUGUGGAUACGAGUCCUUUUGUGAAGGAUUAUUUUACAAUUCCAAAUGAACACACUUAUGAUUGGCGUGGCGUGACACCAAUAAAGAUCUAUACUGAAAAUGUAUUAAAAGAACUUGAAUCAGCACUGAGGGAAUCGACUGCAAAAUGGAAAAUUGUAGUGGGGCAUCACGCCAUUAGAAGUGUUGGUCAUCAUGGGGACACUGAAGAGCUUGUAGAACGGCUGCUUCCAAUUCUUCGGGCCAACGAUGUGGAUCUCUACAUGAAUGGACACGACCAUUGUCUUGAACAAAUUGGCGAUAACCAAAGCCCAAUCCAAUACUUGACAAGUGGAGCAGGCUCAAAGGCAUGGAGGGGAGAUCUUAAAGGACUAAAUCGAAGAGACCUCAAGUUUUUCUAUGAUGGACAAGGUUUUAUGUCUGUCCAAAUGACACCAAGUGAUGUUGAGAUUGUGUUUUAUGAUGUUUUUGGCAAAGUUUUGCACAAAUGGACUAUGUCCAAGCAGCUUCAUGACCUUCAUCCGAUUAUGUAAAAUGUAGAGCCAGUCGAGGAUAUCGAAACCUUGGAUAGGUCUAAAUUGAAGUACGUAGGUGCUUAAGGUUCGCCCCUUAAAAAACAGUUCAAUAGAAUUUUGGGUUAAGGAAAAUGAAAAGUUGAAGCGAUAUAGAUUCGACUAAAAUCUAUACUAUUCGGGAAGGAAGUUUAAAAACUUCGAUGUACAUAUUUCGGGAAUUUUAGUUUCUUCUAUUUAUCUUGAAUUUGAUCCUGUUUCAUUUC